AGAUGCAUAGGGAUUGAAGGCCUGGAUAUAAACCUCAUGGAGUCCACCUGAAAGAGUACACAUUGAAACUGAACAUAUAGCUGCAGGAGAAUGUGGCAUAAAUUUAGUAUUUUCAUCUUUUGGUCAUGCUGACUCCUGGUCCACCUAGUGAAUUUUGAUUGUCCAACCCAAAGGCCAACUCGGUUGCCUUAGAAGGUUUGUAGUACAGGUAUUGGCAGUCUAGAAAGAAAGACAAAUGCUGCUCAUUGCCCUUUAUGAAGGGCAUCAUGAAAAGACGUGGUGACUGCUUAGUAGGGGAAAUAUUUAUCACUGAGGAAUCCUGAAGAGUGUUUAAAGACAGGCCCAAGUCAUGAACGUCAUCAGAGUUCAUACCUUCUGGUGUUUGAUGGUAUUCCUGAGUGAGGCCUACAUUUCAAGUUCCCAUAAUGCUCAACCUAUAACCAAAGAAGAAAAGAAGGAAUUGAGGGAAGAAGCCAAAGAGAUGUUUUAUCAUGCCUACAACUCCUACAUGUUGCAUGCAUAUCCUGCUGAUGAACUAAUGCCAUUAAGCUGCAAAGGAAGAUACAGAGGAUCUGAGCAAAGCAGAGGAGACAUAGAUGAGGCCAUUGGGAAGUUGGCUGCAUUGGUACAAAGUUUUGCAGUGAGAUUGACACUUAAACCUUUGAGCUUCAAUAGUUUUGUUCUUUUCAAUUGUUUUAUCUUCUCUCUCACGCUUGUGGACACCAUGGAUACUCUCGCCAUCUUGGGGGACUUGGACGAGUUCGAGAAGGCUGUCAAGCUUGCUUCGAAUAUCACUUUCGCAAGAGACGUGAUUGUAUCUGUCUUCGAAACCAAUAUUCGCAUGGUUGGGGGGUUGUUGUCCGGACAUAUAUUGGCAAGCUACAUGCAAGACCGGCUGGGCCGGUUGCGAUGGUAUCGUGGGGAACUCCUGAAUUUGGCCAAGGAGCUUGGAUACCGCCUUCUUCCUGCUUUCAAUACCUCAACUGGCCUCCCCUAUGCCAAGGUGAACCUGCUUCACGGCCUUCCCCAGGAGCUUCUGGCUGGCUGUCGGGAGACCUGCACUGCUUGUGCCGGGACCAUGAUCCUGGAAUUCGGGGCUCUAUCACGUCUCACCGGGGAGCCCAUCUUCGAGGAGAAAGCAAGAAGAGCACUAGAUGCAUUGUGGCACCUAAGGCACAGAGCAAGUGAUUUGGUUGGGACUGUGUUAAAUAUACACAAUGGUGACUGGGUUCGCCGAGAUUCUGGAGUUGGUGCUGGCAUUGACUCCUACUAUGAGUACCUUCUCAAGGGUUACAUUCUCCUUGGGGAAGACAAAUACCUCAACCGUUUCAACAGACAUUAUCAAGCAGUAAUGAAGUAUGUGAGUCAAGGGCCACUCCUCAUCGAUGUGCACAUGCAUCGUCCUCACACAAAUGCCAGGAACUUCAUGGAUGCUCUCCUGGCUUUUUGGCCUGGACUUCAAGUUUUGAAAGGGGACAUAAAACCUGCUAUUGAGACACAUGAAGUCUUGUACCAAGUGAUGCAGAGGCAUAACUUCAUUCCAGAGGCAUUCACCACUGAUUUUCAAGUUCAUUGGGGUCAGCAUCCAUUGCGACCUGAAUUUUUGGAGUCCACCUAUCUCUUGUAUCAUGCCACUGGUGAUCCUUACUACCUGGAAGUUGGCAAGAAGGUUCUCAAGAGCCUUCAAAUACAUGCACGAGUGCCUUGCGGUUUUGCUGCUGUGUCUGAUGUUAGGACAGGAGUUCAUGAGGACAGGAUGGAUUCCUUUGUGCUGGCUGAGACUUUCAAAUACCUCUAUCUCCUGUUUGCGGAGCCAGAGGAGCUUCUCCUUGAUCUUGACCAAUUCAUUUUUACGACAGAAGCACACCUUCUGCCCUUGUCACUUGCACGACUUUCAAAUGUCACUGCAAUUCCUGUGCCUGAAGGAAAGGAAGAUUCUUUCCUGUAUGAUGUGAUAGAAGAAGAUGAUCUCACAUGUCCCAAUAUCCACUUCCUCUUCCCAGAAGACAGCGAGAAAUUUGCUUCUCGCAUUCGUGAGCCACUUCAGCACCUGGUGGAGGAUGUUUUUCCUCCUUCUCGAAUGCCAAUCAAGAGGAGGCUCCGUGCCUCCCAGUUCCAGGCAGCAAACCAGGAGCACUUGAAACUUCUUCAAGAAAUGGGGAUUUCCAUCAUGGUCCUUCCUGAUGGACGAGUUCAGCUGUCACAUACUGCAGCUAAUGCAAAGAACCCAGAAGCUGCACAUGAAGGACUCCUAUUUAUGCAAGAAAUGGUGGACAUAUCAGCAACUUCUGGUCCAGAAAGUGUGCCCAAAAUGGUUUCAUGGACUGUUUCAUUGGGUGAAGGGGUUAUUGCUUUGGAUGGAGUAGAAGCUGGUCCAGCACAUUUUGGUCAUGAAAUUAAAGAAGGAGAGAUUGUUUCUGGACAAGCAGUUUUGGUAGAGCCAUUUCAUGUGUGCAGUGACAUCCAGAACAAUGGGGAGUUGAUUGGUAAAAUUGCUGUGAUGGAAAGGGGGAACUGCAUGUUUGUGGAUAAGGCUCGCCGAGUGGAGAAAGCUGGGGCGAUAGGUGGAAUUGUGGUGGACAAUGUGUCUGGGACGAGCAGUGCAACUUCACCCAUGUUUGCCAUGUCCGGUGAUGGGACGAAUGAUGUGAACAUUCCCCUGCUUUUCCUUUUUGAGACAGAGGGCCAGAAGCUUCUUAGUGCCAUUGCUCACAGUUCUUCUCUGGAGGUCAUGCUCAGUGCCAAACUUCCUCAUUUGUCAGCCAAGAAGGAAACUGUGAAGGAGCUUGUGGUUGAUCAGGAUGCUGCAGCAAUUGGUGAAAUUCCAGGGCCAGCAGAAGACAAGACUAUCCAAGCCAUGCGGCAGUCAGUCAAGAGGCAUCUGGAGGAGAAAAUUCAGGAAGAGCUGCAGGAGCGCAUCCAAGCUAAAACGAUGGACGAGAAGAUCAAAGUCACAGUCCUGGACUCUGGAGAUAUUUGGGUUGAGGAAGAGAGAGAUUCUAUCAUCACACAAACUGUUAUACAUGAAGGUGUCAAAAUAUGGCAGAAGGGAAUAGUGGAGAGAGUGGAUGUGUCUAGUCAGUUGAAGGAGGAAACUAAGGCUACUCCUACCAAGAUUGGAGAACAGUCUGUCAAAUACGAGGAGUCGAAAGGAAUAAAUCUAGAGAGCGAAGAAGAUGCGAAGAAGCUGCCUGGUGCUCUUGUGAAAGGAGUGGGUAAUGGUGGUGAAAAGCAAGCAAGUGCAGUGGAUCCUUCUGCAGAAAAUGAUUUCUCUGAAAUCUUGGAGUGGCUUGAGGUGGACAGUUUAGGAGAAGGAAAUCAAGUGAUGCUGUCUGUUUUGAAGCCCACACUUCUCAAAAUGAUGGCCUUGGAGAAAGAACAUAGCCAGUUGGAUCAAUCUUUGGGUGCAUUGGAUGGAGCCAUUGACCAUUUGAAGUCUCUUCUCAAGUCUGUCGAUCAGCCUGACAUAAACCUGGAUGCUCUGGUGAACCGACCCCGCCAGAAAGCCAGCAGUCUGCAAGGGAUCUUUUCAGACCUUAAGGAAAGAGUGAGAAAUCUGGUGGAUUUGAAGAAGAAGGAUGAUCUCAAACCAAAGCCAAAUAUCUUUGGGAGAUUCUUCAACUCCCCGGAAGUAGUUCAGCUGUUGCUGACCUUGCUUGAGGGAAUGGAGAAUGAUGAAGAAAUGGUCUCUGCCGCUCAUGCGCUCAUCAACAGUAUCCAUGACCAGUCAAAAUUCUGGCAGAGUUUGGCCAAAUAUCUUCGCUUCAUUAUGGGUCGACCACAGUAUAAAGAGAUGCUUGGUCAUAUGGUGAAAGAGCUUUCAGGAGAAGAGAUGGACAUCAAUGAAGCCAUAGAGGAGGCUGUGCGAUGGUAUGAAUCCAUGGCUUCUGAUGCUGAUGCCCAAUCCUUGAACAGGACACUGCAUCCCCAAGAGGUAUAGAAAUGGUACCUAGAGUUUCCUUGUGAUGAGUGGCUUAGUGUUGUUUGAUCUGUGAUUCUCAUUUCUCAAGUUACUAUAUAUGCCCCAGAUCAUCUGGGUGUGUUUUGUCUGUUUAUUCCCUCAUGAGUGAUUUCAUUGAGUCUUGGAUAUGUUUUGGGGGAAUUGGUUGUUCUUAUGGAGCCCACACAUGCAUGACACUAAUGUUGCACUGAAUGGUGAAUUUGCCAUUAGGGUUAUAGAUUUCACUGCCUAUUCAAAACCAUUUCACUAUUAUUUUAAAACUGCUGAGAAAAGUUUUCCCCCCCAAGAAUGUAAAGGAAUUCAGUUGCAAUAGUUAUGUAAAUCAAUGGAAAAAUGAAAUGAGAAUGGAGAAUUUUCCUUCUCAUUCAUAUGUGUAAUGGGAAUUUCUUCAGGCUUUCUAUUCCUUCCUCUGAGAAGUCAGAUCAAGAUUUCAGGGAAUGAUAAGGAAGGAGAAAAGAAAUGAGAAAUUCCUAUUCAAAUUAUGAGGAACAAUCAUCACAUCAAGUAUUCCUUGAUCUCAUAUAACAACCAAUUAUUAGUAAUUAUUUCACACCUCUGCUUGCCAAUGCACAGUGGGUGUUGUGUGAAGCUUAUUUUAAGUUUUUGAGUUAGUAUCUACCUCUACCUUUCUGGCUUCAAGAAGCCAGUGGGUGGAAUUUCUCAUUUCUUGCUCUUCUGGAUGUCAACAGCUCUGUGAAUUACAUUUGAUACUGCUGGCUGGAAUGCCUUACGAAUCAUUUCCUGGCUAACCCAUGACAUUUUCCCUUCAAGCUGUAGGCAGCAAUUAAUGGUAACAUAUUGUAUAGAAACAAAUUUUGCUCUGCUCUGGCAUUGGAGGUGCCUCAAUCUUUUGGAGGAAAGCACCAUGAAUGUCUUCUCUUUCUGCAUCUGCUGUUUCAAUUCCAAGAGAUUGAGGGAGAUGCUGCAUUUUCCAUAAGGCUCAAAUUUCUUUACAUUUUUAUAUGGCGCUCCUUGGACUCAAAUCAUGGCGAGGGUGGUUUCAUGCUUCAAUGGUGUGGAAAUGAUCUGCUCUUUUGUGAUGAUUUUUAAUUUCUCAAUCUUCUUGCAUCUUUUUACACACAGGCACAUCAUAUCCUUGUUAUCAUACAGUAUCUAAGAAAAAAGUGUUGGGCUGCUUGUGUAAUUAAUACACAUAUAAGAGGACUCCUAACAUUUUUUCCAAGAUUAUGUAUGCUUUAAGGAUUUCAGUAUUAAAAUACUGUACAGGGUAUAAAUUAAUUCAUAAUCUACUGGCCUCACCCAAUUUCACUUCUUGCUUCAACAAUCCCAUCAUCAUGUCCAAACUCUGCUGUACCGGCAUAGCACAUUAUUCCAUUUAUGGAGUCUGUGAUAGCAGUGCAUGAGAGAGAGAAAGAGACACACAAAAAGUACCAGUUACUUUGCUUUCAGGUUGUUACCAUCACACAAUUCUUAAAUGAGAAUAUGUUUCUGACAGUUGUCUCAGCAUGCACACCUUGGCUCUUCUAUCCUGGUGGGCACAGUUGCUCAUGGAUUCCUUUCCAACUCUUUCUCAUGCCUGUCCUUCAACUUGGAGCAAAUGAUCUGCCAUCUUUUAUGUAUCCCUGAAUGAUUAUUUUGAACUACCAGUGUUUAAUAUCAUUUGUGGCAGAUAUUGCUUUCAGACAAUUUUUUUUUAAUUGGUAGAUCGAUUAUCAUGAAAAGGGAAAAUAUACCAGUGCAUGCUAUUGUUUCAAAGUGUAUGUGCUCCUUGAAACUUGGACUGUGACGAGCUCAGCACUAUGCAUAAUAAAACUGAAAUUGAAUGUU